AUGGAUUGCAAAAAUCGCAACCGCAAUUCUCGGUUUAGGGCCCAAAAACCUGAAGGUCUAGCGGCAAGCAGUGCAAUGGAACAGAGUGAGCUAGGCUUUCAAAUAUUUGAUUCUAAAGCAAUUGCGGCCUAUAGCUUACAAUUGCAACAACAGCAACAAGUUCACAGGCAACCUCAAAAUGCUUUCAUACAGCAACUUCAGCCCCCAAAUCCCAGUCAUUACUCACCUCCUUACCACGGAAUAAGUCAAGUAGCCGAUUCCGACAUAGCUACUGGUUCUUCCACCGUACUGACAGCCAUUGAAGUGGACUCGAAACAAUUUAGAAAGGAGCUGGACAUUCUACCGCACGAGAAGAAGAGUGAUCACGCUUUUGACGGGCCAAGAGCAAAAAAUAGCGAACCUUUUACUCAUGACCAACAUAAACCACAAAACCCAUUGGAAAAGGAUGUUUCGGAACGAGUCAGCUUUAUCGAAGUCACGGAACAGGAACAAGGAGAUAAACCAAGUCCAUUACUGAUCCGGCGGGUUCCUGUGUCUGUUGAGAUAAACGCAUUGGAAAGAGAUUCGUGUGCUACAACAUCAGACUCCUGCCCGAUA